AUGGAGUCUAGCAAGGAGGACGAGGUUGAGGAACUUAUCGAGGAAGAGGAAGAGGAUGGGUGGGAGUGUCCUAGGAAACCUAAAAAAGAGAAAGCAAACUAUAUGGAGACAAAGGAAGAGAUGAUGUUGAUGGCACUUGUGGAAUCCAAAGAGGCAGCAAUGCAGCGCAUAUGGUUUCUCAACUCUGGGUGCAGCAAUCAUAUGUGUGGCAAGAAAGAAAUGUUUGGUGAGCUUGAUAGCAGUUUCAAAGAAUCCGUGAAGUUGGGAAACAAUUCGAGUUUGAUUGUGCAAGGCAAGGGAAAUGUGCAAAUGGAGGUGAAUGGCAUUAUACAUGUGAUCAUAGGUGUUUUUUACAUACCAGAUUUGCAAAAAAAUUUGUUAAGCAUUGGUCAGUUGCAAGAGAAGGGACUUACAGUACUUAUCCAACAUGGAAAGUGCAAGAUCUUUCACUCAAAAAGAGGUUUAAUCAUGGAGACCAAGAUAAGCCACAAUAAAAUGUUUGCAGUGUUGGCCGGCUAUUCAACAAAGGAACAAAAGUGUUUUUCCUCACUCACCAUAGAUCAAGCACAACUUUCGCACUAUCGCUAUGGGCAUCACAAUUGGAAUGGGCUUAAAGUGCUUCAACAGAAGCAAAUGGUGGAAGGAUUGCCUCAGUUCACAGCCUCUCAAAGGGUGUGUAAGAUUGCUUGGUAG